UUAUUAUGUAUAGAAAUGUUUGUUGAUCUCAGUAUUUUAUCGCCUAGUUUCAGAAGGAGCCUUCCCGUAAAAACUCUACACCGACGACUCCAGCUUCAGCUGGAUGGUAUUUGGGCAAUAACUUAACUACUUGCCAUAGGUAUGAAGACAACGAUCUUUGAACUUAUGGAGGUGCCCGGACUCUGUGGUGUUCAAGGCAACAAACUUGCUGAUGAAUUGGAGAGCUGCCGUUUGUUAAACUGUCCAAUUGGGACGGAAACUAGUCUAGCUGGAACUGUCGAUUGCAUUAAGACUUUAAUUAAUAAAGCUCACGAAAUCCCCGUUGGUGUAGUGCCGACACCUAAAAGACAACAAAGCGUUUCCUAAAAAGUCCUCAUAGGGUGGUAGCAAAAUUACUAAUUGGACUAAUUUCGAGACGCAACUCAUGGGGAUGUUACAUGGUUUGUUUGGAGGAUUAGAAUAGUAUAGGGCAUUUUCUCUGCCGCUCUUCAGCUUUCGCCAGACUUACAUAGAUGGCAAAUGUUUGGGUCGGAUGUAUUGGGAAUGCCAGGGCUACAUUCUCAUUUCCUCGACAAACUGCUAAGACUCGUAAAAAACUCUUGUGAAUUGGCACUAACUAGUCCCCAACCCACUGGUUCUGCCGAGAAUUUAAAAAUGACUGGCACAACAAAAACUGGACGUUCUGUUGAGAAUAUUGCUGUUGUAGCACAAAGUGUUGCUGAACAACCUUGGACAUCGACUCGACGUUCUCACCGAAAAUAUGAUUCGACAGUUUGGCAGAUUUUGACUGUAGAUGUGCUCACGAUGGAUAUUUAAAUGGUGCCAUUUUUCGCAUAUAAUUGUUAAGAGCCGCAUUUUGAGUAAAAAGAGUAAAACAUGAUAGAAUCUAAAUUUUGUGAUGUUUCAAUUUAAACAUCUAGGCGCGUCUUUUGAAAGACCCUCUAUAAUAGGCCUGAGUGCUUAGAAAAAAUUUCCAGCCAGCCAGAGUUCAUUACCGAGACUAGCCGGAUUUAUUUCGUUCAAGAACUGUAUUUCUGCAACAUUUCUUAAAAAUUUAUGGUGAAGAUUUAUGCUGCUCCAACAACAACAAGACGUCACUUCUCUCACUGCAUUUGUAAAGGAUCAAAAACGUGGAAUUCAGAAUCAUCUGAAAAUGAUUUAUAGAACAUUUUAUAAGAUUCAUUUUUUAAGAAUCUCAUUUAUUGUAUUUUCAGCCAAGAGACAAAUUCGCCCGCGGUAUUUUUUAAUCUUCUGCCUUUCUUUUUUUUCGAAAAUGUAUUUUACAUAAAAUAUAUUUAUAUAAUGAUUUCUAUAAUUUGCUUUUUUUAUUUUCAUUUCUAUCAACCCAAAUCACGGUAGAAAGGAGUGACCCGGUACCGAAAAUUUGUGGUCUAUUGUUUCAAUAUUAUCAAUGCUACUUCAAUAUAACGAUUUUGGCCGGGACAAGCAUAACUCUAAGCUAUUAAGUAGUUACAACUGAACAUUUUCAAGUUAUGUUUUUAUAAUUCCCUUAAAUUUUCUAAUAUACUUAGAUCACUUUCAUAAUUAUGGGUACUUUUAUUGGUAUCAGUUAUGUUUCCUAUUUUGAUCCUAUCAAACACUCCUGAUUCGAACACUUUAUCUAUCGUGACAAUGGGCUAGAAGUAUCUACAUCAUUGGGGUAUUUUUUAAAUCAGCGUCAGCUCUGUUUCUUCUUCACGGAGCAAUGCCCUUAAUGUGUCAUUUAUUAAUUAAACGUGGUGAAAAUCCAAUAAACUUGUUUAUUUUCGCUACCUCACCAAUUAAGAUGAUUAUUGAAACAGCAACUAAAAUAAAGUGGCCCAUAAUUUCAGUUGACACACACCCUAAGCCAACUGGAAUUUGCGCCAACGCAUUUCCAAUUCAUUAACAAUUUUAAUCCGCACAAACAAAAUCUACAGACAAACUAUUUCAAAUUUGAAUAUGCAAAUGCGAGCAAUUCUGUAACUUGUGACUGUGUUGCACACCUAGCAAAUGCUGUUGAACUCGAAUAUGAAACCUUUUGGAAGAAAAAGCAAACAAAAUAGCUUACAAAUAAAUAAAAAAUUAAAUGAAGAUCGAAAUCAAUAAGAAACGAGGUGAGUGAAAUAUACACAAAGCGAAAGGCCAGAAAAAAAAAGCCAACUAGCCACUUUAUAAUAGCCGCGAUAUUGAAGAAAGAUACACCACUGCAUAGAAUCAAUAAAGAAAAAAAGAUUGUGAUUGACUUGUUGGAAAAAUAAUUACAAAAAAAGCAAAACAGCGCAGCGAGUGGAGCAGCAACGAACGAGUUGGUCAGUGAUCAGUGCGGUGAUCCGAUCGGACGAGUCAGCGAACAAAUAAACUUUAAUAUAAAGCGACGGAAAGUAAAAAAUAUAAAUGAAAAUGUUGGUAAUAAAAAUGUGAAAAAUAAUAAAUAAAAAAGUCAUAAAUGUAAAUAAGUAAAAUUAAAAAUUGCCAUAUGUGCCCAUGUGUGUGCGUACGUGUACCAUACUCGUACCAUAGUUUCAACUGCGAAGCGUGAAUGGCGGCAAUACAAAAAUAAGUCGGCGAAAAUAGUCAGCAAUAAAAGAAAAUAAACAAAGGCAAUUGUGUGGAGAAAUAAGUAAAAGGCACAACGCAAAAACAAAACAAAAAAAUAGAAGUAAAAAGAAAAAUUUAUCAAUUUGAUGCAAACGGCUGGCGGCAAGCAACUUGUUAAGAGCCAGAGAAAGAGAUAGAGAGAGUGAGAGAGAGGGAGAGCGCGCAAAAUGCAGAGAACCCAACGCAAAGAACUUCGCUUUGGAGCAUAAUAAAGUGUGAGCUUGAGAAACACAAAUCUAAGACGAUGUCAGCUUCUAUGGAAUAGUGCACGUGGAGACUUUUGAAGUCAGCGAUGAAGCGCUUGCACAGCCAGUGACUGGGUUAAACUGCCAGCAGCAUGCCUACUUGUGGCCCCUUGGAAAUAUACAGCAGCUUUGAUGACGUCCAUCCGCAUUGAACAACUGACUGACUCAUGCCAGCGCGGCGGCUAAGUGAAGACACACACCGAACAGCGAACACCGAACGUAAACAAACGUCAGCUAACGCGAUCAGCAGAAAAGCGAAUGAGCACAAGCGUUGAACGUUGCCGCCGUUGAACCGGCUUGCCGCCACCUUUGGAGACUUGUUUGCUUGCUUGCUCGCUGGCUCGCUGGUUCGCUUGCCUAGUGAGUGUGGAUUACUCAAUUUGACUUGAAGGGGCUUGUGUGUGAGGCUAUUGUUGAAGCACUUAAAGAUCGUCAACGGCGAGCUUAGUUUCGGUUUGAAGCUGCUCGAUUAAACACAACUUUGCGGAGAAAUCGAAGUUUUUUGCGCGGACAACAAACGAGAAAAAAACUACUUACUUUAGGCAGCAAAAAUUUUCUGUUAUUGCCUACAAAGCGUAAAUCAAUUAAUAAAAAUCCGCUUGAAAAUUAGAAGUCACCGAAAAAUACAAUAAUAAAAAAACAGUGCAUAAAUUGUAAGAAUAUUAAAACGAAAAACAUAUCAAAACAAAAAGUGAAUAUAGUAAACCACCAAAAUUGUACUUCUAUGUGCACGAGAUAAUAAAUAAAAGUUUGAAUUCAACUUAAAAAUCGUCACUUGAAAAUGGCGCACCCUGUGUACUAAAAGAAAAAUUAAAAAAACACAUACAUAACUCUUCAGACCCCCUACUACACUCACACACACCUGCUAAGCACUCCUCCCGAGACUCAAAAUGGAAUAUCUGCUGCUCAACGCAUUCGAACAAAACUACUACAAUCGUAUCAAGGAAUUUGAGCGCGUGGCCGCAGCAGCUGCAUCCGCCGCAGCAGCAUCAGCUGCCGCACAGAACACGCUCUCGCCGCGCGCCAACUCCCAUACGUCCAGCAACAACACUAGCAGUAGCAACAACAAUACUACCAAUUCUUCAUCGACCACGUCAUCAAUCGCCUCACCUUCAACAUCCUCCUCAACCGCCUCGUCUUUAUCAUCUUCGCCAACAUCAGCCGUUGGCAGCGCAACCGCCGCAGCGCUGCCUGCUGUUAGCCCAACGGCGAGCAAACACAGAAACCAUCAAGCAGCAGUCGUUGCCACUAACGGCAAUGGUCCAACAAAUGGACAGAAACUUCCGCAGGUGCAUCCGCCGCAGCCAGCUCAGCGUUCACUCUCACCGCACCAUUUUCCACAUUUUUCCGCAGCACAAGCUGCUGCUGCUGCCGCUGCUAUGGCCGCACAACAGCACCUGCAUCACUUGCAGCAACAGCAGCAACAACAACAACAUAUCGCGCAUCAACAUCAACAGUUGGCACCGGGGAAUUUGAGCGGGCAUCAUACCGCAGCCGCCACGCCGUCACCAACAAUUUCGCACAUACAAUUGCAACAUGCAGCGGCGUUGCCACUGCCGCCGCCACCAUCUCAUCUGCAGCAUUUGCAUCACCACCACCAAACUGCGCACGCGCAUGCACAUUUGCUACACGCGCGCGAUCAACAAAAUAAUUCGAAUGUGGCAAAUAGUUUGUUGUGGCAGCCGUGGCGUGAUCUCCAUCACCACUUGUAUCAACAGCAACAGCAACAACUGCAGAAAGAGGCCCGCCUCUCGUCGAAGGACUUGCCGACUGCGCGUUGGCGCCGCGAGCGUCGUUCGCGCGCUGGUGAAUACCCCACGCUGGGCAGCGGUGUAGUGUCUGCCGCCGUCGCCGCAUCUACUUCGAGCAGCCUCUCGCCAGCUGGCACACCACCGCCGCCGGCUGUUUGUGCUGGCAUUCCAUCACCAGUGAGCGCGCAUCAUCAUGUCGCGUCGUCGGUGCACAGCGGCGUACCGCCACCCAUGUCCGUUAUGAUGGCCGCAGCAAUGCGUCCGCUUUGCGAAUCUACCAAUCGUCCAACGCCUCCGCCAUCGAACUCCUCAGCCGCCGCCGCUGUUGCAGCAUAUCAUCACCAAGGCGGCAUGGAGAGUCCAAUCGAUAUGUCGGUGUCGUCGUCUACGUUGAAACAUCGAUCGUCGCCGCCGCCACCAUACCGUGCACCACUUCCGGGCUCCACAUAUGCCACUGCGCUUGCACGCCCCAGCGUAAUUACACAAGCGCCAUCGAAACGCGAACGUGAACGUGAACGCGGCGAACGCGAAUUGUUGGCGAAUCGCGAGAAUGACAAUCGCAGUACUGAGUCCAUUUCGAAGUGCGAAUUGGUGAUCGAUGAACACUUCCGCCGCUCACUGGGUCCCGACUAUGCUGCGCUAUUCGGCAAAAAAUCGCCUGGCCACAAUCCAACUACACCAUCGCCACAACCGAGUGUAGCCGCUAUGACGACCACAGCGGUCAUAAAUACACCAACACCUACACCACCGCCAUCAGCGUUGUCUUUGCCACCUUCUUCAACCACGCAGACUCAGCUGCAAGCAUUGGUUGUGGGGCAUGCGCCAGCGCCAAGCGCUUUACCACCCUAUCAUGCAACCAUAGCUGUUGGUUCACCGCAAGCGCUCAUCUCACCAAAACCAGCGUCGGUCUUACUCUCCUCGGCAGCAAUCUUUGCAGCGGCAGCACAGCAUCCAGUUAAAGCUGAGGCCUUGUCGCCACAUCACUUGGAGCAUGUGGCGGUUGCUUUACCACCUCCGCAACAGCAACCGCUUGCCCUGUCCACCACACAGCGCAGCAAUACGCCACAACCAAUAGUUCCCAGCAUGGACGUCGAAGGACGAGUAACUCAAUCACCACCACCACCUAGCGCCGUGCUAAAUUCUCCGCCGCCACCACCACCACCAUUCCCUACAGCGUCGCUACGCAACCAAAUAUCAAUCGAGCCACUCUCAAUCAGUAGUUCACGCUCCCCGGUUCCAACACCACUACAAUCGCCAAAUUCAUCUGCUGCGGCGACACUUGCAGUGGUAUCCUCAACCACACCACUAACAACAACGGCAGCAGCAGGAACAGCGGCAGCAUCACCACCACCCAUAAUGCCAGCCAUAAUGCGCAUCAAAACCGAACCGGGCAUGUCGGCGUCCAAUACACCGCCGGCCUCCCCAACUUCCACCUCUUCGCCCACCAGCAUCACUAAAGUGAAUGCUUCUGUCGAUGAUCACUUUGCCAAGGCAUUGGGCGAUACUUGGAAGAAGUUGCAGGAGAAUAAGGAAGUGCGCAAGUGAAAUAUAAUAAAUCGGAAGAGGAGGAAGUGGAAAGGUUUGAUAAAUGAAGAGUAGUGAUAAGAAAAAUUUCAUGUGGGAGAGUAAUUAAAAGCAAGUAAAGAAUGAGAAAAAAAAUGAGUUUGUAUGAAGAAAUUUAUAUAAGAAAAACAAAAAUUUAAAAUUAAAAAUUUGAAUGCAAAUUAAAAAUUGAACGGCUGAAAAAGGAAGAAAGUCAAAAAUUGCAGAACCUGAAAAAAGACGAACUUAAUGUUAUUAAAAGCAACAAUGCACUUUCAAAUUUUACAAAAUGCGUAAACAAAGGAAAUGUUGGAUGCAGCAAAUACCUACAAACAUAAAUCAGCAUAUAAGUCUUGGAAAUACUCGAAAAGAAAAAGUUUGUAAAACUUAAAAGCGGAUUGUGUUAAAUCCUCUGAAGAAGGAACACUUAAACUGACCUACAAAAAAUGGUUUUAUUCUAACCUAUAAAGUUUAUUUGAAACCUGUAUGUUUAUAGCUAAGAUUAUUUAAAUUAACUUGCAGCAAAAGUCUAGAAAUUGUAAUUAAUAGUUUGCCCCGUUUGAAAUCAAAAUAUGUAAAAGUAAAUAUAAGUAUUACCAUUGAAAUAACCUUAGCUUAGUGACAGAAGCUUUCGAAAGUACACCAUGACAAACACCCACGAGAUACCAUGACAAAUGUCUACAGACAUAUGAAAGUUUGAAUAAAAAACUUAAAUCAUAUUUAACAACUAACCUAAAAGCUUUGUAAAAAAACAGUUAUAAAGAACUUAGUACUUAAAAAUUAAAGCUUGACAUAUUAAUUGAGUUUGGAAAAAAAAUGUCAAUUCCAAUCUAACAACUACUUGGCCCAGUAAUUAUGAGAAAAUACAUUUAUUUACGCUGAAUGAUGGAAAAAGCUGUACUCAGGAGCACAGUUAGAUAUUUAUUGUUUGUCAUUUGCCUUUUAUAAAGAUAUGUUCGAUGCUUUUUUUGGGUUAAAAUAUGACAAGUAAAAAGAAACACUUUUCCCACCUCCAAAUACUAAUAUAUAUUUUUUUAAACUAACGGCAAUAGCUCAGCUUUGUUUAUAAAACAAAACAUUUUUUUUUUUUCAAAUCAGUGGUUUCAUUUAAAAGGAUAUAAAGAAAUAAAGCUACAUUAAAGAAAUGCUUGGCUAUGUAAAAUUUCAGUGCAACCCAUUUCCAAAAAUGUACAUUAAGCUAAUUAUUUUGAAGUUACACGGAUAGAAUGCCAAUUAAAUGAUAUAUUAGUUACUUCUCCUGCUUUGUGCGAGCUCUUGAUAGUUAAUUUAAAAUUAAAAUAAUAUACAUACAUAUACAUUAAUAUAUUUGCUAAAUUCGUCUUUUACUUGGAAUUCUCGCAUCUCUGUGCUUUCCAGUCCUUUCAUGGGCAUGCAGUCGCGCUCUGGACGUGUAUUUGCAGCGCAUUAAUAUGGCACUGCUAUGAUAUGGCGCCCUUCGAUUGAUCUCUAAUAUUUGUUGAUUUCUAAGAAUAGCUGAGAAAAAUUAGAAAUUAAAAAUUUAAACACUUUGCUAUAUUCGUAUUUUUAUUAGAACAAAUAAGAAGCAAACUACUUAUCUACCUAACUGUGACACAACUGAAAUUUAAUAUUUUCCUGAAAGAACGGCAUGAUUUGAUGUUUUUGAUUUAAAUAUUUGAAAAUAUCAAUAACUCCGUACAUAUGUAUGUAUACAUAUAGCAACCAUUAUGUUUAGAAAAAAUAAAAAAUUGAAAAUGAAAAAUUAAAAACAAAUUUUUGUUUUCUAAUUAAAAAAAAAAAUUAAAAACAAUUCUUGUUUUCUAAUAUUUUUCUAAUUAAAAACAAUUUUUGUUCUCUAUUUUUUCUAAUCAAAACCAUUUUUGUUUAUGCUGUCUAAUGGUUAUAUUUUUCCUAUUUCUAAAGGCUCGUACAACAUAAACUAAGUGAAUUUGAAGGUAAUUUUACAAAAUUACAAAUUAAUAAUUAUAAAAAAAAAUCUGCAAAAAUCAGUUGAUAAAAUUGUUAGCAGUUACAAUAGAUUCCAAUUAACCCAAAUAAGCCUACAAAAAAUAUUGCAUUUUUAUGAGAACUACUGUUCCUCUCCCAUCUGCGUACAUCGUAAAUCAGGCAGACAUACAUACAUACAUGGGUCUAUGAACUAUGUAUAUACCAAGAAUAAUAGAGAAAAAGAUUGCGCUUUCCGCAUUCGCCAUAUCGUAAGAGUCCAUCAAUAAACAAACAAAAGGAAAGGGAAUUACUUGUUUGUAAAGAAGAAGGGUAGGCGAACAGACGGGUAGAAAAGCAAUGGAAACAACCAAACACAAGAAAUUAAAUGCACACACACACUUUCUAGCCGCGGUGUCUUCCGCAUAAAAACGCAAAAUCCUGCAUUUGGAGGCUUUAUAUUAAUUUGUGCUUUACACUUCGGCACUUCGUUUUCAUUAGUUUGUUUAAUUCAAGUGUCACAAAUCACAGUA